AUGCCUCUUUCUCCUCGUGAUCCCCGUUCCCCCAUCCCCUCCCAUCCUGUUUCCCAAACCCAUUCCCUCAAUCACAUAUUGAACGUCUCAAAUCUCUUUCCGCUCUCCUCAUUUAACACGCUGCAUUCUUUCAGGUGCAUGUCGCUUCCAUAUCUCCCACGCAUUCACGCACCUCGCUAUCCCUGCAACUUACCCUCUCCAUCCCGCACCUCCGAAUCGCCCUCCCUUCCUUCUUCCCCUGCAGCAUUCGCCAAGGAGCAUCUCCCGCAGCUCCCCAGCAGACUAGCAGCCCGAUCCAAUCCUUCCCCUCCCCGGCUCCCCCCGCCCCCCCAUUCCCCCCUCCGCUCCCCGUCCCUCCUCGCAGCAUUCGCCAAGGAGCAUCUCGCGCAUCUCCCCAGCAGGCUAGCAGCCCGAUCCAAUCCUCCCCCUCCACCCCUCCCCUUCCCCCCAAUUCUCCCCUCCUGGUCCCUCCUCGCAGCAUUCGCCAAGGACCAUCUUCCGCAUCUCCCCAGCAGGCUAGCAGCCCGCUCCCCUUCCCCUCGCCUCCUCUCAUUUCCGAGACCAGUGGCGGCUCAGGUCAGAACGCGUGCUCGUUACCACACACACACCGAUCCCCUUCCCUUCACCGCCUCUCAUUUCCGAGACCAGUUGCGGCUCAGGUCAGGUGAUGACCCCUCUUCCCCUUUUUGGGACCAGUCUCAAAUGCCCCAAACCCUUUCCAACCCCACCUGCACCCGUUCAUUCUACCCCACCCUCUCCCCUGCUCCCACCCUCUCCCCACUCCCCCUUUCCAUUUUUCCUUUCCAUUUUACAAUGCUGCAGGGAGGCAAUGCCGGAGAGGGCGGGCCAUUGAGCUCGCCCAUAUCGCCUCUUGCAGGAAGCAUGGAUCUUACCAAUGGCAGCAGCAGCAGCAGCAGCAAGCGUUUGUCAACAGUAGCCCAGGCAACGCAGCAGCAGAAAUCAUCCGGCUCUGCUGCAGCAGUCGAAGACAGCAAGAUCGACUUUGGCGACUUUUUCAAGGGCGAUUUACCCAAGAAAUUCCUCAUGCUCCUGGGUCUGCUUGCCCUAUCCCGCGUGGGCAUCUACAUUCCCCUGUGGGGCGUCGAUAUCAGCGCCUUCCAGGAGCAACUGGGGGAGGGCUCAUUCCUAGCCACCCUAGACACCCUCUCAGGGGGCGGGAUCGGACGGCUGGGAUUGUUUUCGCUGGGCAUUGUGCCGUAUAUCAACGCUCAGAUCGUGUUCCAGCUGCUGGGGACGCUGUAUCCGAAGAUUGCGGAUCUGCAGAAGAAGGAAGGAGAGGCGGGGAGGAAGAAGGCGCAGCAGUAUAUGAAAUAUAUGGCUGUGGCAUUCGGUGCCCUGCAGGCUAUCGGGCAGGUAGCAUACCUGCAGCAGUACGCCUACGACCCCUCAGCCACCUGGGCAGUCUCCGCCGUCUCGGGCCUCACCCUCGGAUCCGUGGCAGUCAUUCUUCUGGGAGACAAGAUCACCGACCUCAAGCUCGGCAACGGCACAUCGCUGCUCAUCUUCACGAAUAUCGUUUCCUACCUGCCCGCGUCCAUUGGAAGGACCAUCACAGAGGCGUCUGAACAGGGGAACGUUACCGGCGAGGCGCUGCUUCUGGCCUCCUUCCUGCUGCUCGUUUUUGGCAUCGUCUACGUCCAGGAGGCAGAGAGGCGCAUCCCCAUCAACUACGCGUCUCGGUACAACAUUAAGACGCGGAAUGCGUACCUGCCAUUCAAGGUCAACUCAACGGGAGUCAUGCCAAUCAUCUUCUCCUCCUCUCUCCUCGCUGCUCCCUACUCCAUCGCUCGCUUCACCGGCAGUGCUGCUUUUCAAUCUGCUGCCACUGCACUCUAUCCAGGAGGCCUGCUCUAUCUCCCCGCCAACGUGGCACUGAUUGCUUUCUUCAACUACUUCUACACCUUCCUGCAACUCGACCCUGCUGACGUCAGCGACCAGCUCAAGAGGCAGGGCGCCUCUGUGCCCAACACCCGCCCUGGCAAAGCAACCGCUGCGCUCAUCACCAAG